AUGAAUAUCCGAAAUGCCAGGCCUGAUGAUCUUCUCAGCAUGCGUGAUUGUAAUCUUGACUGUCUUCCUGAAAAUUAUGUCAUGAAGUAUUACUUUUAUCAUGGGCUUUCAUGGCCCCAGCUAUCAUAUAUUGCUGAAGAAGCCGAUGGUGAAAUUGUCGGAUAUGUUCUAGCAAAAAUGGAAGAGGAUCCUGAUGACUUGCCAUACGGACAUAUUACAUCUCUUGCUGUGAAGCGUAGUCAUCGACGUUUGGGCUUGGCUCGAACCUUAAUGAAUUUGGCUUCCCGUGCAAUGGUUGAAAAUUUUCAAGCAAGAUAUGUUUCUUUGCACGUACGCAAAAGCAAUAGGGCGGCACUCACACUCUAUAAAAAGAAUCUUGGGGCUUAUGAAAUUGAACCAAAAUAUUACGCGGAUGGCGAAGACGCUUAUGCAAUGAAAAAGGACCUUAAGUCAUUCUGGGAUCAGUACGUUCGGCAUCGCAACAUUUGUAGUAGCACUCAAUGUGUUUGUUUGUAA